CGCUGACUCGUUCAGCACGUUGUCCGGCUAACGCGCCCCGCGCCCGCUCCGCCCGCAGCGCCCCGGCCAGCGGCGGCUGUGCCGCUUCCAUCGCCCAGCACGGCAGUUCUUGUGUGGUUGGUGAAAAUAAGCCUACGCUGCAGGAAUGCAAAAGGAGCAACAGCAAGAGGCUGCUGCAGAUCCCAUGUCGUCCUCUGAUGCACCAGAAGAUGGCCCAAAGGGAACGUCAAGUAUAUCGCAAAAUAUCUCUGAUGCAGAUGCAUUUAAAAUUCUCCUGGAGAUGAAGCUGAAGAAGAGGCAGAAAAGGCCUGCUUUACCAAGCACUGUGACUGAGCUUAAUACUGAGGAUGGUUCUAAAGUAUAUGUGGUUGGAACAGCCCACUUCAGUGACAGCAGCAAAAAGGAUGUAGUAAAGACAAUACAAGAAGUGCAGCCUGAUGUAGUUGUGGUGGAACUGUGCCAGUACAGAGUAUCUAUGUUAAAGAUGGAUGAAAAGACAUUACUAAAAGAAGCCAAAGAAAUAAAUCUGGAAAAACUUCAACAAGCUAUAAAACAGAACGGAGUUAUGUCUGGAUUGAUGCAAAUGCUGCUUCUGAAGGUUUCUGCUCACAUCACAGAACAGCUGGGAAUGGCCCCAGGAGGAGAAUUCAGGGAGGCUUUCAAAGAGGCCAGUAAAGUACCUUUCUGUAAAUUCCACCUUGGUGACCGGCCCAUCCCUGUUACAUUUAAGAGAGCAAUUGCUGCACUUUCCUUCUGGCAAAAAGUGAAGCUUGCUUGGGGCCUUUGCUUCUUAUCUGACCCCAUCAGUAAAGAUGAUGUGGAGAAAUGCAAACAGAAGGAUUUACUGGAACAGAUGAUGGCAGAAAUGAUUGGAGAAUUCCCUGACCUUCAUCGAACGAUUGUCUCCGAACGAGAUAUUUACUUGACCUACAUGCUGAAGCAAGCAGCAAAGCAGAUAGAACUACCUCGAGCUUCAGAAAAUGAACCUAGAAAAUAUAUCCCAGCUGUUGUAGUUGGUGUUGUUGGCAUGGGUCACGUACCUGGGAUUGAAAAGAACUGGAAUUCUGACCUAAAGAUCCAGGAAAUAAUGAGUGUGCCUCCUCCAUCAGCUUCAAGUAAGAUUUUCAAAUUUGUUUUAAAAGCAACAGUUUUUGGACUGCUGGGAUACAGCUGCUACCGAAUAGGUCACAGGACAGUUCAGUUUGUUCUCUCAAUGCCAGCAACACAGAGCUAUCUUCAGAGGCUGACAGAGGUGCCUCAGCAGUGAACAACCAGUAGAGGCUCUGUGUGAAGAAGGUGGCUGAGGAAAAGGUGAUGGAGGCAAUGCAUGAACUGGACUGAAGGAUGAGGAUUCUAGUCAGACCUGAUUUGAUGCUGAGCAACACUCAAUCACUAUAUAAUAAAAGAUUUGGUACUAAAGUUACACCAGCUAUGAUCUAAUUAAUAGUUUUGAUUCUUGAUAGGUGUGUUGCAUGAAACCAGAUGAUUCCAGAUUGAGGUAAAAAAAAUGUGUAUGCAAAUAUAUAUAUAUAUAUAUAUAUUGUAUAUGCAUACUAUAUACAUGUACGCUAUAUAUAUGCAUCAUAUAUAAUAUAUAUAUAUAUAACUGAUUAUGUACUACAGGCAGCUUAAAAGGGUGUGUGUUUAUGGCUCCUUUUCCAGCAGAAAGAACAACACAAAGUAUCCUAAUCAGCUGCAUCUCCUCUGAAGUUCAGGGACACUUGAGUGAUUCUUUGCUUUUUUCUUAGAUAUAAUAAUACCAAGUGUUCAUUUCUGGUGCCAGACACUUUUACACAUAAUUUAAAAGGACAUCUUCUCAAUGUGUGUUUUAUACCUUAAACAUUUAGGCUUUUUUUAAACUUAAGAGCUUUCCAGAAAUUUCAGAAUUGUACAGGCUGUCAUACGUACACGGCUCGAGUUUUUUACAAGCCUUACUGAAGAACAGGAAUGUUGCCUUUAGAUUGCAUCCCUUGUUACCACCACCAGUUGAAUUGUCUUUCUCCUGCAUAGAGAAGGUAUAGCCACCCCAUCAGAAUGCAAUGUGGUUUGUGUCAGAUGUUUACAGGACUCUCUGUUCCUUUAGAUUAGCUUAUUUAAACUGUAUUAUUUAGCCAAAUCCUGCUGGUUCCAGUAUUGUAAAUUUAAGAGGCUAGAACUACUGUACAAGUUACUUUUGUUUCUCAGACCUUUCAUAUUUGGCAUAAAAAGCCUGGAAUUAAUCUGCUCCUUGUUUUUGCUACAUGAAAAUACUUUAUUUAUCAAUGUAAUUUCUUGGUGGAUGAAUAUUUUAAUCUAUUUAAUAGGAAAGCAGUGUUCAAUUUAGUUUUUCAACCAAAUGUAGCAUUUUAUUUGGAUUACCUGCUAUUUAUACACAGAAUUAUGGGUACUACAGACUGCUGUUACUUUCUUUUUUAAUCAUCUGGAACACUCAUCCAUCAUCAAUCUUUUUCUUUUUCUUUAUUUUUAAUGCUGGGUUCUUAUUUCAUUGGAAUGUUUUGGUACCUUCCCUUUUUAUAGGAUUGUCAGUGAUUGUAAAAUGCCCUUGGCAAUCAGCUAGUCCUGGUUCAACAACACAGAUAACAUUGUCAUAUCAAAGUUAACCCAAUGUAUUUGAGUGGAAAAGUCCCAUUUGCUCCUCAGGCUCAUAUACAGUUGCUCAUUGCUUAAAGUGAUGUUUUUCUAUCUGUAUUAAUUUCUUUAGGGAAUCAAAGAUGGGAACCAAUAUGUGAGGCAGGAGGAGGAAAAGGUGAUGUUGUGGUUUGUGUUUCAUUGUGGUUUUUCAGUUGGUUCAAUAAAAUCCAGAAACCACUUUUAAUUGGGUAUAUUUCCAAAGGCUUGUCUUGGAAAUAGUUCCAUACAGUGUUUUAUUUGCUAAAAGUGUACAUCUGUCUUCUGUACAGUGUAGUCUUUUUUGAGCUUUUAAAUUUAAGGGCCUGAUGCUCCUCUCUCUGAUGGCAUUGACUUUGCUGGGAGCUGGUCUGUCCAUGCAACCUGAUGCUUUUCUGCCUUGCUCUUUGAAAAUUGUAUGAGUUCCAGUGCAGCAAAUUAUUAAACUGCAUAUUUAUCUUAAACCUUACUGAAUCUAACCUGAUUCUGCAGAGCUCUUAAGAUGAUGCUUGGUGCUCUUCUGAGUCUGGGCCUUACAGGUGUCCAGGGAAUAAACCUUAGCAAAUGAGAAUGACAGCAAUUCAUGCUUCUAGGACACAAAGUGUAAAUGAUAAUACAGAAAACAGUAGGGGCAGGUCCUUUUAUUUUCUAUUUAUUAUUGCUUAAGAAACCACCAGCCAUCUCUAGCAAGAGGAGAAGCAGCAUUUAUAAACAAUUUAUAGAAGAGUAGAGUGACUGCCUAAUUUUUGAUUCUUGUUUUUUAAAAACAUUUAAUGUAUUGUUUACAAUUAAGCAGUACUAUUUGAAUAAUUCUAUUACAUUUUAUGUACAUUUUUAAAAGAUGAAAGCAAAAGCUUAAGCUCACUCUUCUCCUGUCUUUACUGACAUACCAAAAUGUUGUUCUGUUGGUUAUUUUCUUGAGAAUAUUUAGCCGGUAGAAUUAAAUAUAUGGAUAUUUUGCUUUAAGUUAUCUACAGAUUUUUAAAGUAUCUACAGGUAUUUUAAAAGCUCUGUAGAUCUUUGAUAUCUGUGCUCAGGUAAUUUUACACAAAGGAAAACAAAUCUAAGGUAAAUUUUAGAUAGGAGCCUUAAUCUUGGGUGGGACUAAUGCUAAAUGAUUGUCAUGGAGCAUUCUUGUAAACUUGAUGUUUUAUGCUUUUUAGCCAAAAGUGAUUACCAUCUAAGGUGUCCAUUUGUUAUUCAGUUAUACUCUUCAGUCAGUACCUUAAGUCUAUUGUUUCAAUUUUUUUUUUCUUUUUUUUUAACAAAGCAUAUCAGCAGAUUCUUCAGAGAACCUCUUGGAGGAUUUGCAGUUUAUCUUCCCACUGUUGCAAAUUGGCAGAUCACAUGCAUGCACUGUUUAUUCAGUGGCACUGGAGAGUGAUGAACUUCCAGGACUACAAUUCUAUGAAUCCAUACACAGACUCUUGAUGUUGUGUAUUCAAUGUGUUGUACUGUCUAUAUAACAAUCCAUGGUUUAGGUCCAUUCUUUUCUGUUCUAGUCAGUCCUUUCAGUGUUAGCAGCAUCCUGUAAAAUUUAAGUAUAUGUUGAAUUGUCCCAGCCCCGCCUCAACCUUAUGAAGCCAUAUUGUAUUUUUUUGGUGACAUGUACAUCUGUUUUAUGCAUUUGUACAUGUGAUGUAAAUUUGAAGUAUUUUUAACAAUGUGUGCCUUUAAAGUGAUUUAAAGUAAACAGCAGUAUGUUCUAUUAUAUAAAAAAUAAAAUAUUUUAACCACCAUUUCUGUUGAAGGUAUUUAUUUUCCUAAUCAACCAGUAUUUUUAUUAAGAGCAAACACUGGGUAGCUGGAUCUAGUACAGGAUAAUUCCACCAUCUGACACAUUUUCCUGGAGAACAUUAGUUGAACUAAUUACUUUCUGCUGAGGGGCAUCUGAGUGUAAUGCUGGAGCAGGGGAACUAGUUUCUCUACCUACCCCAUGGAACUAGUUAAGAGGAAAAGGAUGGGUUUCCCUGUCCUACUGAACACAGGGAGACUGUCUGCUCAGAAAACCUAAAUUUACAGUUAGGAGCUGUGAGUUGAUUUUGUUGUUGUUGUUUUUCAUGUCUCCAGUGCUCAGUCUUGCAAGGAACUGACAGCUGUAGUCCCAGUCCAGCAGAGCACUCCAACAUUGGCUUUACAUCAGGCACAGUCAUUUGUACUUAAAGUGCUGUCCCCCGUGUGGGAAAUAAAAAUCCUUUAAGUACAAAAGAUGUUGAAUAGUGGCAAAGAGCUUUAUUUUUCAAAUUGACACAGGUAAAUCAAUAUGACCAUUACUUGAAAAAAUAUAUAUUAAUACAAAGACCCUGUGUCACAGACAUAUUUUAUGUAAAUUCCUUUUGGCAGGAUUUUUUUUCCUGAGAAGCUGAGAGGCCUCAGAAAUGAAAUGUAAACAAUAAUUAUCUGCUGCUGUGGAAUGCAACAGGUGCAUCAUGUGAGUUGUUUCUACUUAAUGACCAAUCACAGGUCCAGCUGUGUCAGGACUCUGGUCAGUCACAAGAUUUUAUUAUCAUUCCAUUUCUUUUCCUUGCUAGCCUUCUGAUGAAAUCCUUUCUUUCAGUAUAGUUUUAGUAUUUAAUUUUCUUUUAAUAUAACAUAUAAUCAGCCUUCUGAAACAUGGAGUCAAGAUUCUUGUCUCUUCCUUCAUCCUGGGACCCCUGUGAACGCCACCACAACCCUGUAUUCAUAUAUAUGGUAAGCUGUGUUCCAUACAGAUAAUGUCAUCUGUGUGUACCCUUUGUCAAUCAGUGGUCCAUCUUUUUUUGAUUGUGUGUAAAGCAAAAUGCAGCCCUUUUUUCCUUGAUCAGGCAGAGUUCCCUCCAGUUGCAAUGGGAGCCAUGGCUGCAAAGAAUUGUUGGUAAAACCAUGUAGGUGGAAGAAAAAACUUAGACUAUUGUAGCGCUGUGCUGUCCCUGGGAGUGGCAGAGGAUGCUGCACAGCAACUCUGCUCUGGAGCAGUGCUGGGUCAGACAGGCUCAGGCAGCUCCCUGGUUUGGGAGUGUAUGGUUCAGCAUGACAUUGCACACUGCUGGCCCAUGUCACGUUUGAGGUGUCUUUUCUAUACCAAAUACUGAACAAAAUUUAAAAAUUGACUUUCUGAAGUGGAUUAAAAUGUCGCUGUUUCCACUGGAAGCUGUAUUUCUGUGUGUAUUAUAAAACACCUAAGAAAGUGAGGGACAUAUCAAGUUACCUCAGAGUGCCAAGCAGUGGGAGCUACACAUGGAAAAGAAACAUCACAUUAUUACUUGUGUAACUCUUAAGAUACUCAUGUAUGUAUUUCCCUGUUUCUUUUUAGAACUGAAAUAAACUUUAAUUUUAGA